UCCGCGUCAAUCAAGAUGGAUGUCUCCUUUAGGCAUCAUGUCAUGUCAUGCACACACCCCACCAGCCACAUGGGGAGACCAAGUGAGUGGCCCACACCAACAGGGAAACGCGCGUCACUCAUUCAGUCAGUCAGUCUGCUCAUUCACCCACUCACGCCCACCAGCCCACCACACACCUACCCCCACAUAACCACCCACCCCACCUUCUCUCUGCCCGCAGCUCCGAGCCGCCUGACUGACCAAUCCGCGCACUCAGGGGUAGAAGGGCCCGGGCGGUCUCGCUCCUGGCUGCUGAUAGGGGGCCAUGUGUCGCGGCGGGGGCGGCAUGUGCACCGGGGGAUAGACAUUCUGAGGGUUGUAGGGCUCGUCAUACUCGAACGGCUGGUUGCCCUGGCCCAUGGUGCUGCUCAUGACGGGCGGUGGGCGGGGGGGGGUGAGGAGCGGGGGUCGGUGGGAGAAGGGGGAGGGGCCGGGAGGGUACAUGGGGGGCGGAAACAUCGGCCGAUGCGGCGCGGGCUGCAGCCGGAGUCGGGGCUGCUGGUAUUGCUGCUGCUGGGGGUUGCUGUUGUUCAGGUGCUGUGGGUUGCUGGUGCGGUGCUCCACCUGUGUCUUGACCUGCUUCAUGUGCUGCAUGAUGAUCGACAUCAGGACGCUCGGCUGCUGCCGCAUCACCGACGCCGACGGGCCAAUCGCCGGCGGCUUGACCUUCAUGCCCUCCUCGAACGGCACCAAGUAGCUGCGGCCGUCCGUCACGCUCCACACCUUCUUGUCGGUCUCCUUGAGCUUCAGCCCCAGCGGCUCCAGGGUCUUCUGGAUGACGUUGAGCGUCUCCACCGUCCGGAACCCUCCCGAGUUGAGGACGAUGUCGCCCUUCCCCUUGCUGACCUUGACCACCUCGGUGUCGUAGAGCUUGACGAUCAGGUCACCCUCCACGUUGUAGAAGCACUCGCUGUGCAUGACGCCCCGGUCCUCGUGAGACUUCUUGCCAGGCCGCUGCGGCGCUCUGCCGCCUCCCGCGUAUGGCCCGCUCUGCGCCGAGUAGCGGCUUCUCUGGGAGCGGAGCGGGCGGCCGCUGCCAUCUCGGUGUGGGCGAGAGGGGAAGAGGGAGCGUGGCGGGCCGUUGGACUGGUCCAUGGCAUGGUGUGCGUCGGUCGGUCCGCCUCCCUCGUCCUUGAUGAUGUCGUCCAGAGACUUGUCAAGCUUCUCGCUUCCCAUGGCGAUGACGGCAACGAGAUGAACCAGGAACCAACAGACAGGAGAAUCGGUCCACG